AUGUGGGCACAUUCAAUGACAGUUCAAGAUUACCAGGAUCUCAUAGAUAGAGGAUGGCGGAGAAGUGGAAAAUAUGUCUACAAACCCAUCAUGAAUCAAACCUGUUGUCCUCAAUACACAAUAAGGUGCCAGGCUUUGCGUUUUCAGGCCUCCAAGUCUCACAAGAAAGUUCUGAAGAAAAUGUUGAAAUUUCUUUCCAAAGGAGAUGUUUCAAAAGCAGCGAGUGAAGAAGAGCCUAUGGAUUCCCAUGUAGAAGUUGUGGACACCUGUGAUUUUGUGUACAAAAGUGAAUCUCAAGUCAGUCAGUCCGAACUGACUCCAUUGAGUGUGGAUCACACAGAGGGAGUGGAAAAUGAAGAUAAGGACACAGGAGAAACAAAAGAAGAGGUGAAUGAGCAGAAGAUGGAAUCGGGUUCUCUUCAGAUGUGUGCAGAUAAAGAUACACCAGUCCCUGGAGGACCAUCACAUUCGGCUAAAGCUGUUAGUGCACCACCUAAGCCAGGGAAAGGGGCUGAUCUGAGCAAGCCACCGUGUCGAAAAGCAAAGGACAUACGGAAAGAAAGAAAACUGCAGAAACUCCUUCAAAGCCAGACAUGCGCAUUUGAAGGCUCUCAACUUCAAGCAGGAAGUCAAGUUCUUCUCUCACAAAACUCUAAAUCUAAAACAAACCAACCUAAAACAAUUGAAGACUUUGUUUUUGCCUCUUUACCUGAUGAUGCACCACACAAAUUAGAGGUGAGGGUGGUGAGAUCAUCUCCACCAAGUUCACAGUUCAAAGCCACAUUUCAGGAGUCUUACCGGGUCUAUAAACGUUACCAGAUGGUUAUUCACAAGGACCCACCUGAUAAACCAACUAUAAAUCAGUUCACACGAUUCCUCUGUGAUUCUCCUCUGGAGGCAGAGAAUGCACCAAAUGGACCAGAAUGUGGCUAUGGUUCAUUCCACCAGCAGUAUUGGCUGGACGGGAAGAUAAUUGCUGUCGGUGUGAUCGAUAUCCUGCCCUACUGCGUGUCCUCCGUCUACCUGUACUAUGAUCCAGACUAUUCUUUCUUAUCUUUGGGAGUCUACUCUGCAUUACGGGAAAUUGCUUUUACUAGGCAACUACACGAAAAAGCUCCUGAUCUCUGUUUUUAUUAUAUGGGUUUCUACAUUCAUUCCUGCCCCAAAAUGAGGUACAAGGGCCAGUACAGGCCCUCUGACUUGUUGUGCCCAGAGACAUAUGUCUGGACACCUGUUGAGCAAUGUCUGCCCCUGCUCGAGCACACAAAAUACUGUCGAUUCAACCAGGACGCAAAAGCAG